AUGUCUUCUCUGUUCCGCUUUUGUGGAGAUCUCGACUGUCCUGACUGGGUCCUUGCAGAAAUGAGCACCUUAGCUAGAAUGUCGAGCGUCAAGAUGAAACUUCUGUGCGUGCAAGUCAUUAAAGAUCUGCUCGAUGAAGGCAUCGAUUAUGACAAAGUUUCAAAACUAACCUCAGAUGCAAAGUUUGAAAGUGGAGACAUUAAAGCCGGUAUAGCAGUGCUGAGUUUCAUUCUGUCCAGUGCUGCUAAGCAUGACGUGGACAGUGAAUCUCUCUCCAGUGAACUUCAGCAGCUUGGCCUCCCUAAAGAGCACACCACCGGAUUGUGUAAAUCAUAUGAGGAUAAACACAGCGCUCUACAGGAAAAGCUGAGGGGGAGCAGUCUGCGCUUGGGUCGUCUGGAAGCGGUGAACUGGCGGGUCGAUUACACCUUGAGCUCCAGUGAACUGAAGCAAGUGAAUGAACCCACAGUCCAGCUCAGACUUCAGGCUCAGGACCCCGAGACAGACUCCACACAGACCACUGUUGUCUCCAUCACUGCUGACAAGUUCAGAGUACUGCUAACAGAACUCAAACAAGCACAGACUAUGAUGAAUGCACUACAGUGAACCAGUCAGCAUUUGUUGAAUAAUAUUGCUGAAAUGUGUACAGAAUCUGUUCGUGUUUAUAAACUGUGCUUCUAAAACAAAAAAUCUAUCAGUAUGCAUUUUGUAAGCUCUUCACAUGAUUAGUCAAAAUGUUAACUAAUGUUGCUCAAAUUGAGCAACCGACUUUUUGGACCAAAUGUCACUAUAAAUGGAAUUUGUCACUUGUUUGUCAGUGUCAUCCAGAGAAUAAACAGCUCUUAGUGAUUUAUCUCA